GGAUUAGCAGGUACUUACUUAACAGCUAGCUGCCUGGAAGACUGCAGGGCCCAAUUGCCAGUGCAGUGGAAAUGUGAUAGAUGCAAACCUUACUGUGGGUUUGUGACUCAUAGUUUUUUGGGGAAAUGCCUUUACAGGGAGCCUCUCUGUGUCCAGUUUACCAGGGAGGAGAAGGUUGUGGCAAGAACUCUGCAGCAUUGGCUGCCAGCCUCCUGGGCCGGCUUGGAGAUGGUGUGGUGCCGCAGAGGAAAGAAAGGCUGAUGCAGCAGCCAGUGGAUCUGGAUGGGCUUGUGCUGUCUCUGGGCAGAGGAGUAAUGGCCAGUUCAGAAGACAACUUAGAAAGGACGGGUGAGGAGAAAAGUGAAAAUUCUGAGAGCACAAGAAAGCCUUCUGCUAGGAGUCCCCAAGAACAAGCAAAGAGGACCAGGCCUGGCAGCAGAGAACUUGGCGUACACUUUGAAGACAGUGGUGAGAGCGAUGAAGAUACAGAUCACUCGGAGGACUCGUUGAGUUCUGCGCUAAUGGAGCUUUCUGUCCUGCAAAGGCUGGGCCUACAUAGGAUUGCUUUGACUGAGCAGGAUGUGGAGGCAGCUUUUGCACACUUGGCUUUGGCCUUCCGGUGUGACAUGUUUACGUUGAAACGGCGGGUGCAGGUUGAAGAGCGGGCAAGAAACACAGCCGAGGAGAAUAUUCAGAUGGAGUUGACAGACUGCCAGACAAUGUUGCAGAAGCUGGACCAGGCCUGCACAGACAGCAGGUGCAAGGAAAUGGUAGAACACCUGAAGAGCAGUCUAACAGUCCUGGCAGGUGCAAUCGAGAGGGCAACCGUUGCAGCAGAGAAAUUAGGAGCUGUCCACCAGGAGGCCCGCAUGAGCAGAGCAACGGAGGUGAUGGUGCAGCAUGUAGAGAACCUGAAAAGGCACCACCUGAGGGAGCACACGGAGCUGGAGGAGAUGAAGAGGCUGAUCCAGCAGAACUCCCGCAACCGACAGCUGGCAGAAAACAGGGAUGAUGGUGAGCAGAGACCAAAGCAUCCCUCAAUGCGAAUGUUUCAGCAGGGAUCAGCUCGUCGUCGUGUCAGCAUUGCAGUUAUUCCCCGGCAAUUAAUGCAGUUUCACGGCUCUGAAAAUGGGAAAGGAGCUGAGGGAGAAUCAGUUAAGCCCAAAGCAGUGGAGGAGGAAAUCCCAAGAAGACAAUCCCACUGUCUCCAGGAAGACUCCACCAAUAAUUAUUUUGCUCUCCAUACCACAAAAUGUCCCAGCAUAUCACAUCAGAACCUUCAGGGACCCAAAAAUAUUGCAUGUGAUAAAGGCAGAAGCCACUGCAUAGCAGGGAGGGGAUCUGAAUUUAGAAGCAGAAUCAACAUCAGCCAAACUGUACCAGAAGAGCCCCAUGAAGAAUUGGGUGGUGAGGAGGUCAAUGAAGAGUGUGAGGACCUGGACACUGACACUUUCCUGUCAAAAGGAUCUAAAAUGGAGCUUUGCAGAGCCUGGUUCUCAAUGCCCACCUACUACUGGGUUUUGUUGUGGCUGUUUUUCCUGGGGAUUGCUUGCCUCGUUUUGAUCCGGAUCCUGGAGUUGCAGAAACAAUACCCAUUUACAACCUCAGACUCCUAGGCACAGGAGAAGCAGAUGAACUGUUCCAGAACCACAAGAUAGUUUAUAUAUGAACAAUAAGAAUAAGUAAAAAGGUGUUCUCAAGCAUGUGUGAAACCAAGAUAGUAUGGGCUAGGAUGUGAUGCUGAUGGUUAAUUGUUAUGAAAAGAGCAGGAGAAAUCUAUAGAUAGCUCAACACAUCCUCUGAACCCAAGAGGGUAUAAACUGCCAUUCUAUUGAUGGUUUCAGUGUAAGUCCAGUUAGGACAUUUGCUGAGAGAUGUCUAAUUGGGAUAAUGCUUGCAGUUCUGCAGAAUAGUAACACCAAGAUAUUUCCAGUGCAUUGGAAGGUUAGCAAUUUGUGCGGACUGUAGCUCCCAGAGUCCCCAAACACAUAAACCCACCGGGGAUUUUGGGGGUUGUGUUCUCAAAAUAACUUCCAAGUUCUGGAUAUUAUUCCAAUGUUUUGAAGUUAAAUACGGCGGGUCCUUGGUCUCUGCUGAGGCAUGGUUCUAGAUCCCUUGAUUUAUACCACAAUCCAUGGAUGCUCCAGCCCCAUUAUAUGCAAUGGCAGAGUCAAAUUGUGUCCUUUAUAUAAAAUGGCAAAAUCAAAUUUUGCUUUUUGGAAUUUGUAAAAAUAUUUUGAAGCCAUGGAUGGUGGAAUCCAUGGAUAUCGAAUCCAUAAAUACAGAGGGCUGACUGUAUUCUUUCAGGUUUCUCUAAAAGAGCAGCAAUUCCAUUUCCAUAUUGGUGAAUUUAGCACAUUCAAGGCUUUCUCUGCAAUGCAGUCUUAGGCUUCUCUACUCAGAAUUCCUCUCUAUCUGGUCGCGCAUUUCAACUACUACUCAGUUUGCAAGUGAAUCCCAUCUUUGUAAAGUUAUUAGUGGUUACAAUGUCCUUUGUCAAAAAGGCUGUUCUCAGGUUUUACCAAUGUUAAUGUUAUUUGUAUUGCAACAGCAUGGUUGAAAUAUAUGAUUGUACACAU